GCUGCCGCUGCCGCCGCCGCUGCUGCUGCUGCCGCUGCUCUCGCCGCCGCUGCCGCGCUCUCCAAAGCGAGCCGCUGCCAUCGAGGCGAAAAGAGGCGGCCGCCCCUUGCCAUGGACAAGCCCUCGCCGGGAGAGCCUAGGCGCAGCCCGGCGUGAUCGCAGCCCCUAGGAGACUCCAGCGACCCCAUCCAUCGGGACAAUACAACAGAGCAAAGCGGCCGCCGGAACUCACGGAUCCGACGCCUCUCCUGGUUGUUCCUGGAGCCUGGGAGCUCCCCGUGGCCAUGUCCUACCCCCAGUUCGGAUACCCCUACUCAUCUGCGCCCCAGUUCCUGAUGACCACCAACUCCUUGACCACGUGUUGCGAGACCAGCGGCAGGACGCUCACGGACUCGGGCGCGGCUGCCUCGGCUCAAACCCCCGUCUACUGCCCGGUGUACGAGAGCAGGCUGCUGGCCACGGCUAGGCACGAGCUCAACUCGGCCGCCGCCCUCGGCGUCUACGGGAACCCCUACACCAACACCCAGGGCUACGGGAACUACGUCACCUACGGGACCGAGGCGUCGGCCUUCUACUCCUUGAACAGCUUUGAUUCGAAGGAUGGGAGCGGAUCUGCGCAUGCGGGAAUUACUCAGGCGGCGGCUUACUAUCCCUACGAUCACACGCUCAGUCAGUAUCAAUAUGACAGAUACGGGACCAUGGACGGAGGGACCAGGAGGAAGAACGCCACGCGAGAGACCACGAGCACGCUGAAGGCCUGGCUGCAGGAGCACCGCAAGAACCCUUACCCGACCAAGGGCGAGAAGAUCAUGCUGGCCAUCAUCACCAAGAUGACCCUCACUCAAGUCUCCACCUGGUUCGCCAACGCCCGGCGGCGGCUCAAGAAGGAGAACAAGAUGACCUGGCCCCCGAGGAACAAGUGUGCCGACGAAAAGCGACCCUACGAGGACGACGACGAAGCCGAGGGCCAAGGAGGAGACAGCCUGAAGAACGAGAAACUCGACGAGCCGGCGGGCAAGGAGGACAAAGACCUUGGCCUGAGCGACCUGGACGACUACGACCCGCUGGAAUCGGAGAGCUCGGAGGGCGAGCUGAAGACGCCAGCCUUCGGCCACGUGGAGAGCGAGGCGUGCGCCAACGAGGCCUGCAAGGAGCCGCCGCUGGGCUCCGGCGCGGCGGCGGCGGCGCUCGACGGCAGCCUCGAGCGGGCCAAGAGCUGCCUCAAGGAGCCCGCGGCCGGCCCCGAGAACUGCGAGGCGGCGGAGCUGCUGGGCGCCCGCCAACGGAGCUGCGAGGCCAAGCCCUGUUACCAGCAGCAGCAGCAGCAGCUUCUGGAGGCCAGCAACAAGCCGAGGAUCUGGUCGCUGGCGCACACGGCCACGUCGCUCAACCAGGCCGAGUACCCGUCGUGCAUGCUGAAGCGCCAGCAGGGAGCGCCCAGCUCCUCUUCCUCCUCCUCCUCCUCCUCCUCCUCCUCUUCUUCCUCCUCCGGCGCCGUCGGGGGCGCCCCGGCGGCGGUCAGCGUCCUGGAGCGGCACCCCAAGGAUUCCCCCGUCACCAACCUCAGGAACUGGGUGGACGGCGUCUUCCACGACCCCCUCUUCCGGCACAGUACUUUGAACCAGGCCUUGAGCAACACCACGGUGUCUUGGGCUACCACCAAAGGCUCCCUCUUGGAGACCGGGGCCUUGGGGCGCUCGCUGGGCAGCGGGGCCGCCGCGGCCGCCGCCGUCCUCAAGGGCCAGCUGGCCGGCUUGGCGGGGCCCCAGGACUCGGGCAAAGAUUUCCUGGCCUUCCCCAAAGCAGGCAGCAAAAUGUUCUGCUCCUAACGAUCGAGCCCCGUCCGCCUCCCUGGGACAGGGUAGGGGAAAAGGCAAGACGGGGGCGAGAGACUCGGCUCGGAGGAGCCACGGAACGGGCUGGGCUGGGCUGGCCGGGGGACCAAAAACCACCGGGACGGAGGUUCACCUUUUAAGAUGGGAGACUUUUUCCAGGAGCGAAAGGAAACAUGGAUUUUCCAAAGUUCACUUUGCCGAUUUGGAGAGAGAGAGAGAGAAAGCGAGAGACUUCCUUCUGUGCUGUUUUGGAAGAGUUUCACUUGGCCGCGACCUUAAGGGAUCAAUGUCUUCACGGUUAUUUAAGUCCCAUAGCACGUUCCACUAGUUGAUAGAGGCGCCCUUCAGAGUUUCCCUUGAGCCAAGUUUACAAGGCGCGAGAUUCGGAUUCUGCUUCGGGGAGGGGGAGGGAGUUGUUUAUAUGCUUUCAUUCCUCUUUUUUUUCUCCCUUUUCCUUUUCCGUUCUCUUCCUCUUAAUUUGUGGCAUGCCAAUCUUAGUUACCAAAAACGAACAAAAAAAAGAAGAAAGAAAGAAAAAGAGACUUCCUCCUAGGACUUCUGUUUCCCAACCCUCCCUCUUUCAUUGUUAGCAUUUCACCCACAAAAAGGAGAAAAAAAAACAUACAAGCACUUCUUCCACCUAGUUGACACCAUUGCGCGCACGCACACAAACACAGAAUUUGAACUUGACAAAUAAGCUAUGUCGAAAAGGUAUGUUCACUCUUAAAUAAAUUGUCUGUCUCUCA